AUGUCCGAGUAUUAUGAUCAUUAUCAUCGUUGGGAGCCUUUGGCUGAAUUUCAUUUUUUCAUUGAUGAAGACGAGGAAUCUUACGACGAAAAUUAUGUUUACUGUUUAUGUAGCAGAGCCUUUAUAAGGGAUGGAGUUAGAACAUACUAUGCAGAAAAAGAAUAUUGUAGUGAGAGUGAUGCUGAAGUAAUAGCUGAUACACACUCACAAGAAGUGGAUGAUCACUCACAUGUGCAUUUUUCUCUGGAUACUUCAUAUAAAGUAAAAUGUGAUAAAGAUGAAGGUGCAAGUUGUUACUGUAGUGCAUCCCAUACAGAUAACUAUUGUUCAACUGAUGAACUUGAUCCCACCCAAAUCCAUGGUUUCCCCUCUCAUGCUCUUCAACCCAGCGAUAGUGGUGCUGAUCUCACAUAUCAAGAUUGUCAUUCUGACUAUACAACACUUGAUAAAAUAGAAAAAAUGGAACAAGAUUAUUGUGGUGAUAUUGAUACCAAUGAGAAUUACUUAUCUGAAGACACAUGGGAACAGUUUUGGGCUUUCAAUGGCGAAAGAAUUAUUUGGGCAUCCUGGAUAAAGAAAUAUAGUGACUACAUCAAUCCAGCUUAUUUAAAUGAGAGCAAUGAUUUAGUUAUGGAUGACAAUAGUAUUCCAAAGCAACAUUCUGCUGAACCAAUAUGUAAUUUACUACCAACUGAUUCCAAAGAUGAUGAAGAGAAUAUGAGGGAGAGGAAAUUCUCCUAUGAUUCUAAAGUCAAUCCUUAUAAAAAAAGCAGAAAAUAUCAUGUUUCAGAAAAUAAAUAUGACAGAAAUAAUGAUAUAGGUAAUGAUAAAGAUGAUACAUGGCUUCCAGUUCGUAGAAGGAGAUCUUGUUCUGAGCACGAUAGAAUUGUUAGUCCUAGAACUAUACCAUGCACUGACUCAAUGACAAAUGUAACCAAAUUAACGCAUUCAAGUUUUAAUGUAAACUCAAGUCAUGUAACUUCUGACUCGACUCCCACAGACGAUUAUAGCGUAACAUCUUCGUCAUGUGACGAUCAAUUUAAUGAUCAAACGAGAAUAAUAAAUAUUGAUGAAAAUACAACACAAUUGCCCCAAGAAGAUUUAGAUACUGAGCAGUACUGGCAAUUUUUAUGGAAGAAACACUUUGGUGAACAGUAUGCUUUGCAUUACGCUCAUUAUUUAGAGUGUCACGAAGCAAAAAAUAAAGGAAUAUCGCCAAUAAACAUUAACAUACCAGAAAGUAAAGUUAAAGUUGAAGAGUUGAAAGGUUUAGACAUCGAAUGUGAGAAUAGUGAAGGUAAUUCUCAAGAAUUACCAUCUGUGAUCGAAGUUCAAACUAAAAUCGAUAAAAUACAAUUAGAAGAGAAAGUGAGUAAACCUAAAAGGAAAACUAAGAACGCAAAUAAUCGUAUCAUCAGUUCUGUGGGUGUUUUGUUGCAAAACUUGCUGAAGGAGCAAAAGGAUAAGGAAUUGGAAGAAGUUGUGGAAGGAGAAGACGGGAAGACAAAUAAUGAGAAAACUGAAUCCAUAACUAUUGAAGACAAGAAUAGAACAGUAGAAUCAAAUAUACAAAAUAAUAGCAGUAGCGUAUCUAAGUACGAGUACGAUGAGGGAGAUGAUGAACCACCCGAAGAAAAGCCAGUUUCUUUAAAAAGAAGUCAUGAAAUAGACGAAGAUGAAGUUGCUGCAGAAAAAAUUAAAUCAACGUUUCAGAUAAUGGGGUUCUCAUUAAACUCCACUGAAAUGCCGAAAGGGCAAUUGAUUUAUAGAAAGCGAUUGGGGAGAUUGAGGCCUCCAAGAUACAAGCGGCUGGUUGUUCCGAGUAAGACGUACUUCGACGAUGCUGGAAAUGCAUACCAAUUAGACCAGAGUCAAGAAUCUCAAGACGAUGAUGAAAUGUUAACAGACGACGAUGGACCCGAAAUACAAUCAGAUGUAGAAAAAAAAACAGAAUGCAAUUAUGAUGUGCCAGCAGUUGAAGAGAAAAAAGAAUCUGAAAACAAAAUCAAAGAAGAUUUAGAUGCCUCUUUAGUUGACUUACCUCCGGAUGAAGAUAUAGUACCAAAUGAAGUUGUAGACGAAAAAGUGGAAAAUACAGUCGAAAAUAUAACUCAAACAAAACGAAGACGCAGAACUAAAAGGCAUUCUCGUAUAGAAGCGUGUGAUAUGUCAGAAAUGCCAGAUGAACUGAAAGGAGAUGCAAAAAUGUAUAAAUAUUGGAAAAAACGACAUUCUCUAUUCCACAGAUUCGACGAAGGCAUAAGGCUGGAUCGAGAGAGCUGGUUCAGCGUGACACCCGAGAGCGUGGCGCGACACAUCGCCGCCAAGUACGUGUACGACGUGGUCGUGGACGCCUUCUGCGGGGCCGGAGGGAACACUAUACAGUUUGCUCACACAUCGAAAAAAGUAAUCGCAAUAGACAUAGAUCCAGAUAAAAUAGAAAUGGCGAAGCACAACGCUACGGUGUAUGGCGUCGCUGACAGAAUAGAGUUCAUUGUAGGGGACUUCUUCGAACUAGCGCCCUCAUUGACUGCAGACAUGGUGUUCUUGAGCCCUCCAUGGGGAGGGCCCAAGUACUCUGAGAAUCAUGAAUAUGACAUAGAAACAAUGUUAGAGCCGAAGCCCGCUUCGGAAUUGAUGAGGGUCGCUCGCGAAAUCAACUCAAACAUAGCUUUGUAUUUACCGAGAAACACUCGGACAGAUCAGAUACUUGCCUUAGCACAAGAAGUAGGUGGUUCCGUGGAAGUGGAACAGAGUUAUCUGGACAAGAGGUUCAUAGCUAUCACUGCCUAUUUCUAU